GCCUCCUGCAGAUGCAACUGAUCCUGCACUAUGACGAGACCUACCGCGAGGUGAAGUAUGGCAACAUGGGGCUGCCCGACAUCGACAGCAAGAUGCUGAUGGGCAUCAACGUGACGCCCCUCGCCGCCCUGCUCUACACGCCCGUGCUCAUCCGGUUUUUUGGCACCAAGUGGAUGAUGUUCCUGGCCGUGGGCAUCUACGCGCUCUUUGUUUCCACCAACUACUGGGAGCGCUACUACACGCUGGUGCCCUCAGCCGUGGCCCUGGGCAUGGCCAUCGUGCCCCUUUGGGCCUCCAUGGGCAACUACAUCACCAGGUGACUAAGCUUCGCCUGCGCCCAGCUGCCCAUGAUUUAUUUCCUGAACCACUACCUAUAUGACUUCAACCACACGCUGUACAACGUGCAGAGCUGCGGCACUAACAGCCAAGGCAUCCUCAGAGGCUUCAACAAGACGGUUCUGCAUACGCUUCCGCAGAGUCGAAACCUCAUCGUGGUGGAGAGCGUGCUCAUGGCGGUGGCCUUCCUGGCCAUGCUGCUGGUGCGGCCCGGGACGGGCGGGCACCGCGUCCGGGUCCC